AUGAAAUACACUCAGUCCACGUUCCUGGUGACGCUGAUCUCCAUUAUUGAUUACUGCUCAGCACAACCUUCCUGUGCUGUGGAAUCUUUCUCUGUGAAGGAGGACUUCGACCUAAAGCGGUAUGCAGGUAAAUGGUAUGCCCUGGCCAAGAAAGACCCAGAAGGCCUGUUUCUACAGGAUAACAUCUCAGCUGAAUACACUAUCGAGGAGGAUGGUACUAUGAUUGCAUCUUCCAAAGGCAGAGUGAAGCUUUUUGGAUUCUGGGUGAUCUGCGCUGACAUGGCUGCCCAAUACUCAGUGCCUGACCCCACCACGCCCGCCAAAAUGUUCAUGAACUACCAAGGCCUGGCAAGCUAUCUGUCAAGUGGAGGGGACAACUACUGGGUGAUUGAUACAGACUACGAUAACUAUGCCAUCACCUAUGCCUGCCGCAGUCUAAAAGAGGAUGGAUCCUGCGAUGAUGGCUACUCCCUGAUUUUCUCCCGCAAUCCCCGGGGUCUUCCCCCAGCCAUUCAGCGCACUGUGCGCCAGAAGCAAGAAGAAAUCUGCAUGUCCGGCCAGUUCCAGCCUGUGCUACAGUCAGGAGCCUGUUAAAUCAAAACAUCUCCAGUCCUUAGUUGGAACAGAGACCCGAUCUCUGCAUCUGGAAGUUGACUUUCACA